GGAGGGGCAGUGAGUGCGGGACUCCGGAGGGGACCCAAGGCUCUGCGGGACCCAGUCGGACCGAGCCGCCCAGGGGAGCGACCUUCGAUCGUCUGCGCUGCGGCCACUCUCGGGCCAGGAGCGCGAAGCCGAGUGCGAGACCCCGAUCCGAGCGCAGCCUCUUCGCGCCGCUGACCACCAUGACCCACUUCAACAAGGGCCCUUCCUACGGGCUGUCGGCCGAGGUCAAGAACAAGAUCGCGUCCAAGUACGACCACCAGGCCGAGGAAGACCUCCGCAACUGGAUCGAAGAGGUGACCGGCAUGAGCAUCGGCACCAACUUCCAGCUGGGUCUGAAGGACGGCAUCAUCCUGUGCGAACUCAUAAACAAGCUGCAGCCGGGCUCCGUGAAGAAGGUCAACGAGUCCUCCUUAAACUGGCCCCAGCUGGAGAAUAUUGGCAACUUUAUUAAAGCCAUCCAGGCUUAUGGCAUGAAGCCUCAUGACAUAUUCGAAGCAAAUGAUCUUUUCGAGAAUGGAAACAUGACCCAGGUCCAGACGACGCUGGUGGCCCUGGCCGGCCUGGCUAAAACAAAAGGGUUCCACACCACCAUCGACAUCGGAGUGAAGUACGCGGAGAAGCAGACACGACGCUUCGAUGAAGGGAAGCUGAAAGCCGGCCAGAGCGUCAUCGGCUUGCAGAUGGGAACCAACAAGUGUGCCAGCCAGGCAGGGAUGACUGCCUAUGGGACCAGGAGGCACCUGUACGAUCCCAAGAUGCAAACUGACAAACCUUUCGACCAGACCACGAUCAGCCUGCAGAUGGGCACCAACAAAGGGGCCAGCCAGGCGGGGAUGCUGGCGCCGGGGACCAGGAGAGACAUCUACGACCAGAAGCUGACCUUGCAGCCUGUGGACAACUCGACGAUUUCCCUACAGAUGGGCACCAACAAAGUCGCUUCCCAGAAGGGAAUGAGCGUGUAUGGGCUCGGGCGGCAAGUAUAUGAUCCCAAGUACUGUGCCGCUCCAACAGAACCUGCCAUUCACAAUGGGAGCCAAGGAACGGGCACCAAUGGGUCAGAAAUCAGCGACAGCGACUACCAGGCAGAGUACCCCGACGAGUACCACGGCGAGUACCAAGACGACUACCCCCGCGAGUACCAGUAUGGCGACCAAGGCAUUGAUUACUAGUCGCAGAGGGGAGCUCAGUCCGUAGCCCACUGUUUUUAUUCAGUGAGAACCAAGCUAGCCUUGAGUGAUUUUUAUCUUGUCUUCCUAAAACACUAUUAUGCUUAUUGUACCUAAAAGAAAUACUGCCUUAUGUCCAUUCCUUUUUCCUUCUUCUGCCUCUUCCCUGAAUAGUGGCCGUUCCGUGCUGGGACAGUGGGGUCCCGCAGCGUGACCAAUGACUCGCGUGAGAAGUGAAGGAUACUGUGAAAGGGGUUCUCUUGUCCAGCCAGUUCUUUGCUGACACCUCUGUGCAUUUUUACCAUCUUCCACGGAAACGGGUGUCUUCAAACCAUAGGAAGCGCCUUUUCUUGACAGUGUAGUGUCUGAUUUCUACGUGGAAGACUAAACGCGUGCUCAUAGCUAAAGGUGGCGUCUGCCAACUGAAGACGCGGCAUUUUAGACAUUUACACAGCCAUGUUCCUACAGUAUUGUUUGCUAAUUUUUAAAUAAAGUCAUGAUCCGUGUGCA